AUGAUGGUUGAACGGCGGAUCAAUAGCAACCAGGCAGAAGAUGCUGGCAUGUACCACGUAGUUGUCGAGAAUGACCGCCAAACCAUCACAGCUGAGGAGAGAGAGGAAGACUUGGAUUCUUUCGUGGAGGGUGCAAGAGGUUUCGCUCCAAGAAGAGAGGACGUCGAAUACCAGAUCAGCAAGGCUGUGGAGCGAUGGGGCGAUCUCAACAGUGAUGCCCAGCAUGUUCAAUUGCAGAAGGCAAUCAUCAACCAAAUCGCAACGAACUAUAUCAGCCACAAGAAGAAGAAUACUCCAUCGCCAUUGUGA